GUGUUUAGUACGGCAAAGUUUAGCGAAAAAUGGCGGAGUGCUUCCAAACAGAAACCGAAAAUAAGAAGCGAUUUACAAUACCAUUAAAGCAAAUACCAAGGUUUUCAGUCAAUGAUUCACAAGCGAAUGCUUUAAUAAAUAGUAGGGAACCGGUUAUUAUCACCGACACACACUUGGUUUCAUCUGCCUGUAACUGGGAUCUAGACUACUUGUCAAGGCACAUUGGUGAUGGCUUGUUUACUGUGUACCGCUCUAAGAGUCACAAGUUCAAGUACUACAGCGAUAAGAAGUCACUUGCCAUAAAAGAGUUUACACCACCUACCAGUCAAGAAGAAAUGCCAUUCCAAGAAUUUGUUAAUUUAAUAAAGAGCCACCCAAAGAGCUCUUCGGAACGAAUAUAUUUGCAACAAGCCCUGAACAAUUCUGUUGGUCCAAAGAUUGUUGAGCAGUUUGUCAACUUCAAUUGGUCCUAUGUGACGGGUCUACAGAGGAGCAAUAACUGGGGCCCGCUGACCUCCAACCUGCUGCUGGUCGGGAUGCCAGGAAACGUGACCCCUGUUCAUUAUGAUGAGCAAGAAAACAUGUUUGCCCAGAUCCGGGGCAGCAAACGGCUGGUGCUGUUCAAUCCUGACCAGUUUGAAAAUCUCUACCCCUACCCCGUACACCAUCCUCACGACAGACAGAGUCAGGUUGAUUUGGACAAUCCUGACCUAAAUCGCUUCCCCAACGUGACGCGGCUGUGCGGGUAUGAGGGCGUGGUUGGACCAGGGGAGGUCAUCUACAUACCUAUGUACUGGUGGCAUCAAGUGGAGUCAAUGACUGACUCUGAAGAAAAUAUCUCUGUCAAUUUCUGGUAUAUGGCUGGCAACAAUGAGAAGAUUGAGUACCCGCUGUCAGCCCAACAAAAAGUGUCCAUGACUAGAAAUAUUGAGAAAAUGAUCCUGCAAGCACUCAACGAUGCGGAUGAGGUGGCGCCAUUCAUGAGGAUGAUGGUGCUGGGGCGCUACACCUAGACCAAUCCAGUAUCGGACCUUGAAGUGGGGCCCCCUGAUAAUUCCAGAGGGAAUUCAUGAAUGAUUUGUUACACAGCUUCUUACUGACCCCAUACAGUGUUAAUAAAGCUGGAGCCCAAUAGAAAUGUACUACCCUGUACAACUUUGUGUGGGGUGUCAAUUAGUACCGUUAUUAACCCAGCAUUAAUGUAAUGAAAUAACUAAAGGUAACUAGACUGUAUUAUUUAAUAAACUCGUUAUCUUGUUAUUUUUUUUACGUCAUUCUUAUUUACUUUAAUAGAAUGACUUGAUAUGAAUCUGCACUGGCCGAAUUAUGAAAAAUAUUGAAAAAUACAUAUUUGCCACGUGAAUGAAAGCUUGAAAGCUUAAUAAUUUCUAUAAAUAUCUCUAUUUUAAAUAUCUAUUUUAGAAAUUUACAUGAUACAUCAUAGUACUAGCUAAAGUAAAUUAAGUUAUUUGUAUAGGUUAAUACAUCCCUUUAUGAACCGUGUCAAGAAUAGUCUUAAGAUAUUUUUGUUAAGUUAUAGCCUUGACCUUUUAUAUAUUUUGAAAGCACUUCCCUCAAUAUCUGACUAUUACGAAUUGAACAAACUGUUAUAAUCUCACAGCACAUAUAACAUACAGUUUCUUUUACAUGCAUGCAUUUCUAAUAUACGUUUAUGAAUUGAAACUAUUCUUAUUGGGUGGUAGGGUGACUAGGGGAAGUGUGUCAUAGUGACUUACUAGCCACACGUGAUAUGUUUCAUCUUUUGUUCUGCCUGUCUUUAAGGUAGGUCGAAUAAUUGACUUGUGUACAAUAUAAUUUUUAAUUAUCACAUACUGGUCAUGCAUGUCUUUUAAACUAAAAAUUGAAUUGAUUGAUUGAUUGAUUGAUUUCGGUAUGGAAUACACAUACAUGGACAUUUAAAACAACAUGUAUAAUACAGAAUAGUAGAACACAUGAGAAUAAAUAAGCCAUGACAUGCACACCAAACACCAAGGAUUACACAAAAAAGAGCGACUCUUAUUUCCAUUGUGGUCCUUUGUGCUGGUGGCAUGACAUAGAGAGCUUUUAACUUAGAAAAAGUAGUUAUUAAACAUUGACCUUAUAAUAAAGUUCAUAUGAGUACACAUUGUUAAAUUGUUGAAAUCACUUAAUUUUCAAUAAAAUUGUUUUGUAAUAUAGAUAAUUUGAUUCUAACACACAUUUAAUGUUUUCCCACCAAAAGGAUGGCUGAACAGAUUGAUAGAAAAGAUAUGAACAAUCGAGGGUUCCUAGGGCACCAUCCUAGCAGUGACCUGUGAACAAUCGAGGGUUCCUAGGGCACCAUCCUAGCAGUGACCUGUUACUAAGAUAUGAACAAUCGAGGGUUCCUAGGGCACCAUCCUAGCAGUGACCUGUGAACAAUCGAGGGUUCCUAGGGCACCAUCCUAGCAGUGACCUGUUACUAAGAUAUGAACAAUCGAGGGUUCCUAGGGCACCAUCCUAGCAGUGACCUGUGAACAAUCGAGGGUUCCUAGGGCACCAUCCUAGCAGUGACCUGUUACUAAGAUAUGAACAAUCGAGGGUUCCUAGGGCACCAUCCUAGCAGUGACCUGUGAACAAUCGAGGGUUCCUAGGGCACCAUCCUAGCAGUGACCUGUUACUAAGAUAUGAACAAUCGAGGGUUCCUAGGGCACCAUCCUAGCAGUGACCUGUGAACAAUCGAGGGUUCCUAGGGCACCAUCCUAGCAGUGACCUGUUACUAAGGAGAUAUGUGAUAUGUAAAUAAUUCUGCCUUUAUUUUAUAGUAAAGACAUAAAACUCAAAGUUAUAAUUAUGUUCUUUCAGCGCAAAAUUUGAAUGUUAAUCUUAAAUUGUCCAAUAUAUGGAAACAGGCUAUUUCACGAAUUGAACGUUGAAUAAUUCUAAACUUGUGAACAAAGUAUCUUAUUUUGUCCUUGAGUUAACACCAAAAUUACGAAUAUUCAGAUUUUGAAACUUAUGCACCAUUGAAAAAUUUACAAAAAAGAAAGUUUGUCACAUUUCAUUUUUGAUUUCCAUGGGCUUAAGGCUUGGGUUUGCUUGAGCGAAUCUGGCUGUAUUAUUUCUGACCUUAUUUAUGGUAACUUUGCUUGUCUAAUGAGAAGAGUAUAUUGUUUCACAAAGUUGUAAACACAUGAAAAUUUACAAAUAUCAUGUUUUUUUCUAAUUGUUCUUUUUUGUAGUUGCAAGUAUGUAUAUUUUGACUUCUCAAUAUGUACUAUUAGAUUUGCUUUGCCAAAAUGGUUGAAUUUGUAUUACAAAUAUAAUAUAUUUAAUAUUUAGAAAUCAGAUUUCUUCAAAUGUAUUUUCUCAUAUUUAUUUAUAAUAAUUUUAUAUUACUUCUUUUACCAAGCUCUUUAAAUUUUAAGUAUGGUUCUUAAAAUAAUAAUCUGACCAAAUGUUGAUUGUUGUCACUAAAGUACAACUAUAGAUGUACCAUAUGAUCUUUGUGAAUACUGGCCCAGGCCACAGGAAUACUCAGCUGGGUAUGUAUUGACUUGUAUUCUCAAGUGAAUGGAACUGUAAACUAUUGAAAACAUGGCAAUAUUUUAUGCUGUUAUAAACAAAAAACAAAAUCAAAUGAAAGACACCAUAACUUGAAACAAAACAAUAUUGUAUAAUAUGUAUACAUUAUGCCUAUACAGACUGAAUAAAACAUUUAAAACUCUCAUGAACAAGUACAUGAAUAAGAAAACAAUUAAUCAAUCAUCGAGUUUACUGUGUGUUAGGGAGAUACAUCAUAAAUAUAUACAUGUAUCAGUACUGUAAUAGAUGAUUUAUUCUGCAGUGCAUUAUAAUAUUUGCCUAGUGUAAUUUUGUGUAAUAGUUUCUUUCUGUAUUUUAUUGUUUCUUUUACUUAAAUUUUACUUAAUCCUAACCAUAUUGUAUGGGAUGUUUGUUUUUUAUUGUUUUAAUUUUUAGUACUGUUGUGUGGUUCAUAUUGUAAACUGUCAUUUCAGGCAAUUACACAAAAUUAAUCUUAAAACGUCAAUCAAGCAUUCAUGAAUAUUUUUUUAAACAAACAUGAAAGUUGUUCCAUAUUAACACCUUGAAAUCGUUUCAUAAAACGUAUUAAGAUAAGAUCCUGAAAUAAAUACCGUACUUGUAAAUCUUGUGUAUGAUAUAUGUUACACAUAAUCAAAGCAACAUUUUUGUUAACAAAUUAAUUGUGCAAUAAAUGAAUAAAACAA